GCCGCCCCGCCGCCGCCGCCAUGAACGGCAAAGGACAAUAUCCCACCCAGCCGUCCUACCCUGUCCAGUCCCCCGCCAACCCCGCCGUCUACCCACAGACUAUGCCCCUUCCGCAGCCGCCGCCCUACACGGAUGCACCUCCUGCUUAUUCUGAGCUUUACCGUCCCAGCUUCGUGCCUCUGGGGGCUGCCACCGUACCUACAAUGUCUGCGGCGUAUCCAGGCGCUUCCGUCUUCCUGCCCGUGGCCCAGUCUGUGGCCGUGGGUCCCAUCGGCUCGUCGGUCCCGAUGGCGUAUUAUCCCGUGGGACCGGUUUACCCUCCGGGCUCGACAGUCCUAGUUGAAGGUGGCUUCGAUGCUGGAGCAAGGUUUGGGGCUGGUGGAACAGCCAGCAUCCCUCCCCCCCCUCCUGGCUGUCCCCCCAACGCCGCCCAGCUGGCCGUAAUGCAGGGAGCCAACGUCUUGGUGACGCAACGGAAGGGAAACUUCUUCCUGGGAGGCUCAGAUGGCGGCUACACUAUCUGGUGAAGAAGGAAGGGGAAGGGGGGAGAGGGGGGGCUACAUUUGUGUAAGGAAAGA